AUGAGCACUCACUACCCAACUCCAGUAACCCCCGAUCAGACCCGCAUAGGAUGGAUAGGCAUAGGCGUGAUGGGCGGUGCCAUGGCGUCCCGCCUCAUCUCCGCCGGCUAUGCCGUCACUAUCUACGCCCGCAACCCGUCAAAAGCUACCUCUCUACUAUCCCAGGGGGCCCACCUCGCUUCCUCCCCUGCGGAGCUCGCCGUCGUCAGCGACGUCGUCUUCACCAUGGUCGGCCACCCCUCCGACGUUAAACAUGUCGUUUUGGAUACACUUUUGCCAUCCGUCAACCCCAACACUGUCAUCAUCGAUCACACUAGCAGCCAUCCAGCACUAGCCAGGCACAUAUACGAUUCUUCCCUUGAGCAGCAAUGCUAUUCUGUUGAUGCCCCUGUGUCGGGAGGUGAUAUCGGGGCUAGAGAUGGGAAAUUGGCAAUUUUUGCCGGAGGGGAUGAGGAUGUGGUGGAAUGGUUGAGGCCCUUGUUUGACGUACUUGGGAAGGCGACUUAUAUGGGAGGUCCAGGAAAAGGACAGAGUUGUAAGAUCGCGAAUCAGAUCACAGUGGGUGCGAAUUUAGUAGGAUUGAGUGAAGGGCUGGUGUUUGCAGAGAAGGCCGGGUUGGAUCAGGGGAAGUUUAUAGAAGCCGUGAGGAGCGGAGCUGCCGGAUCAAUGGUGAUGGAGUUGUUUGGGGAAAGGAUGAUUAAAAGAGAUUUUAGGCCGGGAGGAUUUGCACAGUACAUGGUGAAGGACUUGGGGCUGGGAGUGGAUGUGGAGGAGGGUGAUGAGGACAAUGCGAUGGUGUUGCCUGGAGCUGGGUUGUCAAAGCAGUUGUUUUCGGCCUUCGACAUUGUGAUGAUACAAAAAAUCAUUCUGGUCUCUGCAUUGUCGAUGCUGUAUCAUCUCUCAAAAAAUAUUUUAUCUACGCGGUGGGCACUUUAUGUGUUGCCUUGUUGGUUUUAUGAGCCCUGGGCAAUUUGUACUUGUCAGAUGGUCAUCUGUUGCUCAAACUCGUGCUCCCGCAUCUUACAUCUUCUACUCUCAUCAGGGGAAGUGUUUCGAGUCUUUGACGAAUAUUACCAUUGA